UUUAGAAAAGGAGCCAGACAAAAAUGAGAGCACUUGACUCUGAAUUGGAAAAUCUCAAAAACAAGAGAAGCAGAAAGCACAUGCCUGGGUUUGCAUAAGCGCCCAAAACCAACGUAAAAUAAAACCUCUAUAGCAUGCUUAACAGGAAAGGCUUUUGGUGAGAGACAAACCAUAACAGGGAACACAAGCCAAACUUUCACAUGAAAUCGAAUUUUCAAAUAAAGCAGAAUUGCACAAGACAUUUAGUAAAUCCAGACAAAAUAAGAUGAAACACUUUUUUAAUUCCUCUCGUGCUGUUAUAAAGCUGUUCUUUAUUUCCAGGAGGAACUAGUGGUCUUUCACUUCCUGCUAGAGUAUCAUAGUCUAAAAACCACAUUCAGAGAUGACGCUGACGUCAUCAAACAGACUGCAUAAAAACCCUCAAGACACAAACAGAGCACUGGUCACAAUGAAUAGUUUGAAACUUCCACUGGCAGUCGCCUGUGUGCUGAGUAUCUGGACGACAGGAUAUGCUACAAGCUGUGGAGAACGACAGAAGGCGAUAAAUGGACGAUGCUGUGAUAAGUGUCCACCAGGUCAUUAUUUGGAGAAUUUCUGCACUGAGAAUGCUCCAACGCUUUGCCAACCUUGCAAGGAAGGUUAUUUUGCAGAUCAGUACAACAUAUUUGACAGGUGUAAAGAAUGCAAGUCGUGCCAACAAGAUUAUUCUACAAAGUGUACAGCGACGACGGAUGCAACCUGUGCGUGUUUCUCGGGUUCUCUAUGCUCCCACAGCAACUGUUCAGUCUGCAAGGAAAACAAAGGACCAAAGAGUGUGGAGCCAACAGAGACUCCCAGAGACGACGCACUUGUUUUCCUCAGCGUCGGUUUUGUUUUGGUCUCCAUCACCCUCCUUCUGGCCACAUCCAUUACCUGCGUGAAGAAGCUAAGGAAGCGCAGAGCAAAUAAUAAACCCAUCCCAGUUGUCACAGUCUGUACCAACACCAGUGAAUUUCACCUCUCCAAGGAAGAGAGUGGUCUCCCGUUCAUCACCCAGGAUGAAUCCAAGAUGAAUGAUGAAUGCGUCGCUGUUUGACAGCAAGUCUAAGAGCAGUCAAUCAAUCUUUUUAGCUACUAUCAAUGUAACAUACUCAAGUGGUAUAACGUAUCUUGCACAUAUCGUACACAUUUAAAAAUGGAGAAAUCGGUUCAGAGAUCUUAAAGGGUUUAAAGGUGGGAACACCAGAGCUUGUCAUUACUUCUUCAACAUUGCUGCUUUGAGCAAUGUCCCUAAUCCCGCUGUGUUUUGAUAGAGCUUCUGGAAAGAUCACAUGGGUUUUUUUUGUGCAGAACUGUGAGUGUGGAGAGUAAGAGCAGUAAUAAGUAGAAAUAGUGGGAUGAUAAGACUGGUGAUUCAAUCCCUGAUGCUUGCUUUAUUGUAUCGAUUCAAGAAAGUGGAAACAGAAAAGAAGAGCAAAAUAUAUAAGUAGUUUAAUUUCAUCCAAUACUAACUGAUUUCUAAGGUCAGGUUAUGUUACUUAUCGUUGGUGCGACAUGUAUGAUGCACCCAUACAGAAUUUUGGAAAAAUAUUUAUUUUGUAUGUAUGAUAUGUUUUGGGUGAAUUUAUAUUUAUUAAUUUAUUUUUGUUUUUCCAGCUGAUUUAGCUAGAAUCUGUUAAACAGGUGGUUUCUGACUAUUCUAAUCAUAUCUUAAACCUACUCUAUAGCCAUACAUCAUCAAGAGCAAAAGGUUUGUUUUGUAUUGCACACACUUGAUGAGAAAAGCUGAAGAAAGGAAAAUAAGCAUAAACUGUACAUUAGUAUUUAGAGCUGAAAUAUAGAGCAGAGACAUAUGUUUUUUUCUUUCUGUUUUUUUUUUUUUUUUUUUUUUUAAUGAAAUGAAUAGUUUUUGUCUCUUUGGUCAGAAAAUAUCCCACCAAUGUGUUUAUUAUCAUAUGAGUUUUUGGUUAUUUCCCAGUAACAAAGUUCUUAUGACCUAAUGUAAAUACUGUCAUGAAUACCAAGAAAACAGGUCCUUGUAUUAUAGAGGUGAGUGUAUAAAAAAGGCUUUUCUAUGAAUUAAAUAAACUGGUGUAUCUGUGGCCAUUUGGUUAUAUCAAUGAACAAUGAAAUAUCAGUGUUGUAUGCUAAUACAGUGCCAAUGUUGUACACAGCAGGGGUCUGAUUGCAACCCAAUGUCACCUUUCAAGGAGGAGAGAGGACUCCAUCUUAUCAUCCGGGAUUAAUUCAAGAACUAUUCAGGUCUACCUCAUGUUGUACAAGGGUCUGCUUUUUGACCACAACUCUGAGAGGACCCAGUCACUUCAGCUACAAUCAAUAUGACUGUAAUGAUACCUUUUUGACGUACUGGCAUUAAAUCCUGUAGUGUUUUGAAAUUGUAUGCUUUUCUGUACAUCAUUUUUGAUCAAUAAUGCUAAUAAUAAUAAAAAAUACUGCCUUUAAGUGGCAUGUGA